GCGCCGCCAGCACCCACUGGGGGGCGGGGGGAGCACGAGCCGUCCCCAGCGGGGCCUCCGCCCGGUCUCUGCGCGCGCGGCGUUCCGAGAGGUCGCUCCGUUUCCGCCUCCCUCGCUCGGUUCCUGCCCAGCGCCAUGGCGGCGGCGGCCGAGCCCAGCAGUAGCGGCGGCCGAUACCAGCAGUUGCAGAAUGAAGAGGAACCUGGUGAGAAUUCACAAGUUGUAAGUGAUUUUCCACCGCCUUACAGCAGCAUUUCUGGGGAGAACUCAGUAUAUUUUGACUACAAAGAUGAGGCUGGGUUUCCCAAACCUCCUUCUUACAAUGUAGCCACAACAUUGCCUACUUAUGAUGAAGCAGAGAGAACUAAGGCAGAAGCUACCAUUCCCUUGGUUCCUGGAAGGGAGGAAGACUUCGUGGCACGGGAUGACUUUGAUGAUACUGACCAGCUAAGGAUAGGAAAUGAUGGCAUUUUCAUGUUGACAUUCUUCAUGGCAUUCCUUUUCAACUGGAUUGGAUUCUUCCUCUCUUUCUGCCUGACCACCUCAGCAGCAGGAAGAUACGGGGCCAUUUCUGGAUUUGGUCUCUCUCUCAUCAAGUGGAUUCUGAUUGUAAGGUUCUCCACCUAUUUCCCUGGAUACUUUGAUGGUCAGUACUGGUUGUGGUGGGUGUUCCUUGUAUUAGGCUUCCUCCUGUUUCUCAGAGGAUUUAUCAAUUAUGCAAAGGUUCGGAAGAUGCCAGAUACAUUUUCUACUCUUCCCAGGACUAGAGUUCUCUUUAUUUACUAAAGACUGGUGUUUUCUGGCAACACUUCCCUGCAUUAAUAAAGCCUCCCUCAAGCAGUAAAUGGAGAAGUGAAUCACAACUCAAACACAGAAGAAAAAUAAGACGUAAUCACCUGCUUUAAAAUAAAUAAAGUACUGUUGGAAAAAAAGCAUUUCUUUUUAUUUGUUUCUAGAUGUAAAAUUUUAAUAGUUUAAUGCAGAGCUCCUGUAAUCAUUGAAUCAUUAGUGGCUAAUGUUUGAAACGGCUCUUGCAAUCAAGUCUGUGAUGUUACUAAUAAUGCCUUAUAUAGUCUUUGUAGUCCUUUGAAUAGCAUGAUCUAUUGCCCUGUAGCCAGAAGGGGUCAGUCUUGCUUUUUGUUUUCCAUCCUAAAGUUAGAAUACCAAUGUCUUCUUAGUGUAAGAUCUGUAAUGAUGCUGGCCAUUGUGAGGGGUGUUCUUGGAACUUCCGAAUCUUGUUUGACUGUAUUGCUGGACAUAGUCUGUAAUUGCUGUUCAAAUAAAAUGGAAACAACCUGGAAGUAAAACCUACAUGUACAAUGUGGAUGUUUUAAGGUAUAGUAAUGAAAAAUACUACUAAAAAGGUGGUACAAGUAUUAAUUUUUCGUAAUAUGUAUUCUGUACUUCUUACUGUUGUAAUGCACACUUUUGGAGAAUGGACUUUGCAGUGUAUAUUGGUAUGAAAUUCAAAUAAUUGGAUAAUGGAGUGUAUAAUAUCAGAAAGCUGAUCACCAUUUUUGUUGACUUUAGGACUCUUGAGAUGGUUCUUAACAUAGCUGUACUUCUUGUUUUUCUAAUUUCCAGUACAUUUAAAUAUAGACUUAUGUGCACACUUGUGAUCUCUGCAAAGCCGUAAUUCAGAGUUUUCAUAUGUUAAAACUGUAAAUAUAGCAGAAAGUUAAUAAAUGUCACUUAUAUUA